GAGGAAAUUACGCGAAGGAACUUUUGCCUGCAGCUUUCACCACACGGAGGAACUUGGCGACCGCCGACCAAUGCCAGUUCAACACCGGAAAGUGGUCUUCGUCUUUCUCGACCAAGAGAGAGAGAGACAGACAGGACAGGCCGCGAAGGAAAAGAGAGAGAGAGACUGGGAGAAAGAGAGGAAGCGGGAGCCCUACCACUCACUUUACCAUUACCAGCCCAAAUUGAACGGACGAACUGGCCUGGAGCAACGGCUCCCCCGUCCAUUGUUCCCCCCAUCUCACCCCCAUAUCUCUCUCUGCUACUCCGUACACAAGACAACAUUGCUUGUCGUUCCGCCCGUUCAGCUCCAGCUCUGGCUUCCCGUCCUAUCCUAAUCCGACCUGUCUGUUCCUGACCCGUCCUGACCUCGACCUGUGUCAACUGUCGGGGGGCCCUUCAGUCAGUCUUUAAUCUUUUCGAACCCUCUCGUUACCCAUACUGGGCCAUGACGCUUUCUCUUCUGCCGCUCUAUUUUUAACUUGGCAGCCAGAGUGACCGAGACCUUCUCUUUUAUGUGGCGACGAUCAUGGGCACUUUUGUCUGGUCUCCUCCCACGCUCUCGUCUUUCAUUUGAAGGCCCAGUGGCACCCCCUCCAUUUUGAAGGGCAAUUGAUGCUUGCCACCAGGGCAGCGCGCUGGGCUUCUUGGAUGAAUCGCAUUCGACGACGACACGAGGCACCUGUCCUACCGAGGAGCUUUGACUCGUCCCGAGUCUUGACAUCUUUCUAGCCAGCGGUCCGAACCUCUGCUCCACGGGGGACGCGGGACGCGGCCGAGAUGUUCAAUCAUUCUGGGGACAAACCACCCCGCGGUGUUCCCUCUGGAUCAGAAUACGGAGGCAGUCAACAUGGCCGCCUCGCCCUCAACACAUCUGGUCAAGCAUAUUCUAGGUUCGGUGUUCCGCUCAACUUUGGCGGUCCCUCGACAUGUCCGCCGCCGCAGCAAGAUUCCGUCCGGAGGGACUUCGACUCAUCUAUGGACUGGACUUCACCAGUCGCGCAACAGAACGCGCGCUUCGACGUUGGGUCUUCGAUGAACAGCGCGCCUCAGCAAGACGAAGGAAUGGAACUCGAUGAAUUCAGUCCCCCUGCCGGAGUGUCCAACUUGAUUGCGCGCUUUGAGGGGAUUCGCGCCGCACCACCAAGCAGUAAUAGGAUCAUGAGCCCGGCCAGUUCAGUCGCAAGCCCAUCAAUAGCGAGCCCAUCGUCGGCACAUUUUGGCAGCAUGCAUGGCAGCACAGCAAACAUGAGCUCUUCAGGAAUGAGUAGAAUCACAAGUCCAGUCGCUCACAGCCCGGCCACGCCCACUUUCUUCCGUGCUCCGGAAUCAUAUCGUCCCCCAGUGCCCAGACAUACGAAGCCAGUCUUGGACCGCGCACCCUCUAACAUUCCCAUGUUUACGCCGGACUCACGAUUUGGAGAUGGAAACAGUCGUAUGGCUAUUGCUGCUGGUCCUUCGAACCCCGUGCCUCCUCCUCAAGUGCACCACCAUCAGCCUCAGCAGUAUCAACCGCAACAACAUCAACCGCAGCAACAUCAACAUCAACACCAACCCCAACAGCAGCAACAGCCGCAGGCACAGCAGCAACAGCAGCAGCACCAACAACAGACUGCCGACUUCAGUCAGCUAGAUCCUUUCCUCAAUACGUCGAACAAGGGGUUUCAGUCACAAGCCAACGCCUUCAACUUUCCGACGACGAAUGACUUCAACAAUACGACGACUAAGCACUUUGCAACCCAAGCAAGCAACUUUAGUCCCCAACCAAACACGUUCAGCGCAGUGUCCAAACCCUUCGCUUCCCAAUCUAAUGCCUUCAAUCAGUCGGCAACAACCUUCAGUGCUGCCAACGCUUUUAGCUCCCCUGCAAAUGCCUUCAGCUCACUACCAACCACGAAUACCUUCAGCCCAACCCCGAAUGCCAACGCCUUCAGCCCGCCACCUACUACCGCAUUUAGUCCUGCUCCCACACCCUUCAGUCCGGCAACGUCGACGUUCAGCCCAGCACCGACACCUGCCCCGAGCCUCAUGCCCGGCACCCCGGGUGUGAUGCAAACGCCUUUUGGCCCUCCGCCUACGACAUCAUUCCCAGGUCAUGCUCGAGCACCUAGCAUUGCCCCCACUCCAAAGCCUGCGACAGGCAGCCGGCCAUCUCGGGAGCAGGUCCCUGCCGAGGCAUGGGAGUCUUUCAAGGGGACCAUUAAGCAUCUGUAUCUGGAAGAACGUCGUCCUCUGAAAGAGGUCAUGCAGAUCAUGGCGGAUCAGUAUGGCUUCCAAGCAACGCCGAAGAUGUACAAGACCAGAUUCUCUCAGUGGGGCUUCGUGAAGAACAACACCGAGGAUGAAGUGAAGAGGCUUCUUUCUAUGAAGUUUCAACGCGAUGCCGAGGGCAAAGUGUCCGAAUUCGUUCGCAACGGUAGAGUGGUUAAUCUGGGCACGUAUCUCAAGAGGAAGGGAGUGACGGAGUACGAUCUUGUCGACUUUGAAACGCCAGCUCAGCUCCCGUCAUAUGUGCGAUGUCGUACCCCGACACCGCCGCCCGCUCCGGGCUAUCUGCGAUCACCAGACCUGCUCCGAGCGCAGGAGACGAUUGUUGGGAAUAUGAGGAAAGCAUUCUUGCAUUGCCGCCAGUUCGAGGUCGAAAUUGACAAGCAGGUCGGAUGGACAUCGAUUAUGUUAUGGGGUGCGGGAUCAAGCGACAUGUUCGCUGAUGCGAACAAGAAAUUCGAAAUGGGCGAACACGACGCGGGCGGUCAUCAGCUAAUGAAGGCAUUCAAACGACUGGAGAUGGAUCUUAAACAACUAUCACCACAAGGCAUCAAGGAACUUUUGCUGGGAAUGGUGCAUCGCGACGCGGGCAUGAUGACUGCUCUGUGCAAGUAUCUGGCGGCAUAUUCUUCGACGAACUUCGAACGCUCGCAUCCCCUACGGCAGACAUUUUCUACACUAUACGAGGUGCAACAGAAGCAUGGUCCGAUCACACUAUCGGAGCUUGUCUGGGGCUGCAUUCCUACCAUCGCCGAAGAACUUGAAGCCAUCUACGGACGGCGUCACCCUUACGUAGCCAGGACGUGGAUCGACUUGGCCAUCUUUUACAACCACGCCAACCCCGAGAGACUCGAGAAACUGCUCUCCGAACUCCAGCCACUACGAAGGCAAAUAGCAGGCCGUCACGGACAAGGCAGUGCGGAGGAUCUGGCCUUGCGAUAUGCUGUUGUUCAGUUGAUGCAAGCAGCCUGGCCCAACGCCGAUAAUACGAGGAUGGAGGCCUUGGAACUAUGGACUGCGAUGAAGGAUGGCGGCCUCGUCUUCCCAGUGCGGGGCGCAGAGCACAACACCUUUUGCUACCACAGCCCCCUCAAGAUCGAUCCGUGGGAAAGACGAUGCAGGGAGCGAUAUGACAUUGGGACUCAAUUCUUCCAGCAACACUGCGGCAUCAAGGUCCUGCCCUAUUUCGAAGAGGAUAUGCAUUACACCGAGCAUGCCCCCGACUCGCAUUCGGCGUUGGCAGCAGCCUUGGGCCACAUGCCGCAGUCCAAGUUCUCGCUCAUUUAGUCGAGCAGGCAAAGUACUGCGUGGCAGAGACUUUGAUCGACUUGUCAACUUCUUUGGCGAAACUUAUUACCAUGGUCGUAAUGUUGUAUCGACCUUGGCCAUCAGACGAGCCACGGACAAGUGGCAUUCCUUACUUUUCUUAAUAUUUUCUUAUUUAGUGAUUCGAGAAGAGGACGCUACGAUGCGACGGCCGCAGAAAAAAAGCCCCUUCGAGCAGGCAAACGAAGGCGAUUACCCCGGGUUGUCAGGAUUGGGAUCAAUGAUACCUCAGAGGCCAAACACAGAGAGCAGGGAAUUUUUUGGAUAAUUGUUCGGAGUAUUUUGGGUCAGGUCAUAACGCCAUGGAUGACAUGUCAUGGCCGGCGUCUGGGAGGGGGCUUUCCGAUUCCAACACACAGCGAGCAGACGUUUUUACGGAAUGACACAAUUGUACAAUAGCAUUUGACGCACGGGGAAAGGCGCAGAGGAUGGAAUCCCGAUACCAAUGAGACGCGAGAAGUGGUGGAGAUUAGUAGUCCAGCGACGAAUGGAAAGACGAAAGAUGAAACGAUUCUCAAAAGCACGAUGGGGAAUUUUCCCCGAGAAAGACAACGACGAUUGAUGAUGAUUCCCCCCCGAAUAGGAUGGCCCGGAGGUUGUUGUGGACGUGGUUGAAGGUGUGAGAUGAAGGGACGGAGCAAGUGUGGGGAGAUGGGCGGCGCGCCAAACCGAAACGGAGGGGAUGAGAAACCAACCAGCCGAACCGAGUGCCCUGAACGGGCUGAUCUACACGAACUUACAGGCACGGGAACGGAGCCGAGUUCAAAGAGGAGGGGGGAGCGUUUCCGAGGUCCUGGGGCAAGCGGGCAUGACGCGAUAAGAGAAUUCCCACUUUCGCCCAUUUGCGGAUUCCCAUCACCGACACCCUCAUCAUUUCAGCUGUAGGGGAGUUCCCACUCCCAGAGGACAUGCAGCUGCAUGGCCAUGCAGGAAGCCCGGCCAUGGGCUCUACAGUCGGAUGGAGUAGUUUCUUGUCGACACCUGAAUCGAGAGUCGCAUGCCCAGCAACAUGUGCUUCUUUCCGCCUGGCUCUUGGCCGCUUGGCUCUCAGGUCGGUUUCGGUAUCCUCCGGGCGACGGCUGUAGCCUGCGAGGACUGAGGAGGAGAGCCGGUUCGGGCGGAGGAUUUGAUGGGUUUGCGGCACCGAUUGUCCCGUAUCGGAGCCACCUUGACACGGAACGAUGAUGCCGCGCAUUUAGAGGUUCACUGGAAUACUAGGCACGCUUGUCGUCGGUCACGGUUAUGAGAGUCAUGAUAGCACAUGUGUCGGCGAAGCACAUGUACAAAGACCGACAUUGCCGGUGCUUGUGGUCCUGCGGGGACGAAAUGGCUCUUUUUCCGUUUUGUUUCUUUGCCAAGCCGGGAUUUCCGUCCAAUGUCUACGGAGUACCUAGUAUACUUCCCCCCUUGCCAUAGACGGAUCUCUUCCAGCUGUCAGCAUCUGCAUCGUAGUACCUAGGCAAUAACAGGGGAGUCUUUCGGGGCCGUUCUCUCGAACCCACACUGUCCACUGUCCCACUCCCACCACAGCUUCGUCCGUGUUGAGGGCUGGGAAUCGGGACUUGGGUGGAGGGGGUCUAGAUUUGGGUAGAUAGCCUCCACUAAACAAACACAUAAUGGAAACUUGGCCUGUUCAAAUCUGGUUGUGCGUGUGUGUGCGAGUCCUGGUAAAUCCACAGUCCGCAGAAUUGGUUUAUUAAAUAGGUAUCCGCAUGGGAGGGAUAAAAGAACGAGCAAGCGACGAAGCAAGGCCGCGGUCCGGCCCCAGAUCCCGACCUGGCCCGGGGGUGUUGAUGCAGGUGCUAGGUGCUAGGCGUGCGAUUCGGGCUUUGGAGAUUUGGAGGGAUUGCCGCGAUAGUUGGCUUGACAUGUGCUCUUUCGAUUUUUUGGGUGGUCGUC